CUUUGCCAUAAAAUAAAAGAGGAGGGUUCGCGUUUUCUUUCAUCGUUAUCAACUUAACAGCCAUCAAUUGUCAUAUAUAUAUAUUUUUUUGUUUUUCUUUACAGGGUUGAAGGUUGGAAGAUUUGAAGUAUAGAGGGAAAAUUUAAUCGUAGAAGCUGGGAAAGAAAGAAGCACGGUUUUCUCGAGAGUGAAAUAUCAGCUGGCACGAGAUUGAAUUCCGCAUACGACUGACUUUACAAGUUGUCUGAUUUGUGAUUUCCAUACAAAACCUCCGCUCUCUUCUCUCUUGUUACUACUACUACCAACGCCUCCAUUUUCAAUUUCCUGCAACUGCCUCGAUCCUCUGCGGUUUCUCCAUGGAAGCGCUAGCCAGCUCUGUUGCCAUCCCCAAGUUUCCAGAGCCAUACUACGCUCAUUCUUUGUUCAGGAAGCCGACAAAACGAACUGGGUUUCUCCGGAUCAACGACUGCUCUAACUUCGUUGGCCUUCGUGCUCUCUCUGGCGAAGCUGAAGAGGCCAAGCCAUCUGACAAUGGAUUUGGAUUUCUUUCCGAGGAAGAUGCAUCUUUCACCGCGGAUGAUUUAAAUCUCAUUCACAAUAAUGAGAAGAGUGAAAGUGAGCCCGUAAGAGUGGAUAUGCCUCUUAUUACUCCAUCCAUCAGUGGAAGUGGAACUAGGGCAGGUCUUUUCAGAACACCGAUAUCUGGUGGUGUGCAGAGUGCAACCUCAGCUCAUGGUCUACCCAGACCAGCCUUAGCUGUUCGCAAUCUUAUGGAACAGGCCAGAUUUGCUCAUUUGUGCACUGUGAUGUCUCGGAUGCACCACCGCAGGCAGGGGUAUCCAUUUGGUUCUUUAGUAGAUUUUGCUGCUGACUCCAUGGGGCAUCCAAUUUUUUCUUUUUCACCAUUGGCCAUUCAUACACGGAAUUUGUUGGCAGAUCCAAGAUGCACCGUUGUUGUGCAGAUACCUGGAUGGAGUGGCUUGUCAAAUGCCAGAGUAACUAUUUUUGGUGAUAUAUACCCCCUUCCUGAGGAUCAACAGGAAUGGGCUCAUAAGCAAUACAUAGCAAAGCAUCAACAAGGACCUUCUCAACAGUGGGGGAAUUUUUACUACUUCAGGAUGCAAGAUAUCAGUGACAUUUAUUUCAUUGGAGGGUUUGGUACUGUUGCGUGGGUGGAUGUCAAGGAGUACGAGGCCCUUCAACCUGAUAAGAUUGCAGUUGACGGAGGUGAGCAAAACCUUAAGGAAUUGAAUGUGAUGUUCUCAAAACCUCUGAAAGAGCUGCUGUCAGCUGAAAGUGAGGUAGACGAUGCCGCUCUAAUAUCAAUAGACAGCAAGGGAAUAGAUAUUCGAGUCCGCCAAGGAGCACAGUUCAACGUUCAAAGAAUAUCUUUCGAAGGAGGGCACGCUGUUGAAACACUCGAGGAAGCCAAGGUUGCCCUUUGGAAGUUGAUAAACAACGGGGGACUAUGCAAUUUUAAAAAAUAAGUUGGUUGCCAAAAUAAAAGGGUGUUUUUCGACGAUUCAUCUGAAGGCUCGCAAUCUACAAAUGACGUGCUGUCUGUAAUCAUAUAAUAAAGUCGGGAUUAGCAAUAAGCCACUUGGUUCCCUUUUUACUGUCUGAUCUGGUAUUUCUUGCAUAGGUGAAUGAGAGACAUCCCAUGAAGCUUGUUCAAAAUGACCCAAGAAGUGGUCAGCAACAAUAUAUUUGUGGUCUGAUUAAAGUGCUGGAUGGCCCUUGAUGCAAUAGAAGUUGUGUAUGGCUCAAUGUAAUAUGAGUACUUAGGCUUAAUCCUUUGAAAAAGGGUGUUUGGUGGAGUCGUAGCCUCCAAGGGACUGUCCCUAGUUGGCAAAAGCUUGGGAUCUCUCGAUCAUGCUACUUAGAGGUCUUAAGUUCUAACCUUCUAGUGAAUUUAAUACCAAAUGUCUUUUAUGUCUCUCAGGUCUGGACUUUAGAGUGGACACGAAUCUUCUUGGAUAUAGAAGAGCAAACUUCCGUCAGUGGUAACGGGAUAAAUGUUUUAGGAAGAUUUUUCCAUGAAGCAUCUGAAAGUUGAAAUGGAUUGCGAAGGCGACUUCUUGUCUAUCUAUAGCAGGCCUUCUGUCCAAAUUACCGCACAUCAUUAUUAGUAAUAGUGUUGCAGAAACCGCAUCAGAGGUCCAAUCAAAGUUGGCAGCUGGCUGAGGUAGCUUAUCCCAAUCCCAUACGAAGUAGUGUGAUUUGUCAAGUGGCACAGAAUAGACACUCGUUGGAAAUGUAAUUUAAUUCAGUUGUGCAUGAAAGGCAAGUAAACUGGAAGUUGGAGCUUAUUAAACUCAUUUUCUCAAAACUUAAA